UGUUGAGGGACACAUUAAAACUCAAGAUGGACAGAUCACGAUUACUGCCCGUGGAUUUACCUGCGAUCACUGUCAACAACAAUGGCAGUGUUAAAGGCAAGGCAUCUUUUGUUCGGCGAUUGGCAAUAGGAUUUGUGAUUCUAUCAGCCAUUUUAGGCCUUUUAUAUGUGCCAGCGUAUCACUCCGCUCAGAGUCCAUUCUCAAGCUUAAGUGACACUCCAUCCUCUGCAGAACCUCUUGGCAACUCCCGUUUGAUGGCAUCCGUGGCACAAUUGCCUGGAUGGUCAUAUAACACAUCAAGAGAUCUCUGUGUUUAUAUUCACCCGGAGAAUAAUACAUCGAUUCUCAGUCCUACUGGCAUCUGUUCACUACCGCCAUACCUGCUAAUAAUUAUAUGCUCGGCAGUCGCAAAUCAGGAGGCCCGCGCUGCUAUUAGGAAUACUUGGGCCAAUAAAUAUAAUUUAGACAAUUUGUACAAUUCUACAGUAAAAAUAGCAUUUUUACUAGGAAAAAGUGACAAUGAUACACUCAACAAUUUGAUUGUUGAGGAAAGUUCUCAGUACAAUGAUAUUGUGCAAGAACGUUUCUUUGAUACAUAUAACAAUUUGACGCUGAAGUCGGUCAUGAUGCUGAAAUGGGUGACGUCGAAUUGCUAUCAAGCUAAAUACCUCAUGAAAACGGACGACGACAUGUUCGUAAAUAUUCCCUUGCUUCUGCAAACGCUGCGCUCGAGAACGCAAGCGGAGAUUCUCCUAGGUUCUCUCAUUUGUAACGCUAAACCGAUAGUGGAUCCCAAAAACAAGUGGUAUACACCCAAGUAUAUGUACUCGGAGAAAACAUAUCCAAACUAUUUAUCAGGCACAGGAUAUGUUAUGAGUACGGGUAUUGCGUCUAAGUUAUAUCAAGCAGCAUUGGUAACACCGUUGCUACACUUGGAGGACGUAUACGUCACGGGUUUAUGCGCGAGACGCGCGAAAGUCCGACCCGUCAACCAUCCUGGAUUCAGUUAUAUACCUCGCAAAAUAGAUCCCUGUGUGCUUAGGAACGCUAUUACCACGCAUAAGGUUAACGCGUCCAAUAUGUAUGUGAUUUGGGUAAAAGUGAAUGAUACAAGCAUUCCAUGCAGCAAUCGUACUCGUACCGAUAGAAAACCAAUCGUUCUGAGCAGAAGUGGGAGAAAUGCCGGCUAUUACGUCUUUAAAAGAAAAACUAUAAACAAGUGCGUUUAAAUAUACUUCUGAUAAUAUUGAUUCUAUA